CCCUCCCCUCCUGGAGUCGGAGUGCUGUUUUUGUUGGUGGUGUAAGGUGAGGGGAACAGCUGAUCCGUCUGUGGGGAGGACAGAUAUAUCGAGGCCAGGAUGGAAGAAUCAUCACUAAGCCGGGCACCAUCCCGGGGUGGAGUCAACUUUCUGAAUGUAGCCCGGACCUACAUCCCCAACACCAAGGUGGAAUGUCAUUACACCCUACCCCCAGGCACCAUGCCCAGUGCCAGUGACUGGAUUGGCAUCUUCAAGGUGGAGGCUGCCUGUGUUCGGGAUUACCACACCUUUGUGUGGUCUUCAGUGCCUGAAAGUACAACUGAUGGUUCCCCCAUCCAUGCCAGUGUCCAAUUUCAAGCCAGCUACCUGCCCAAACCUGGAGCCCAGCUUUACCAGUUCCGAUAUGUGAACCGCCAGGGCCGGGUUUGUGGGCAGAGCCCUCCUUUCCAGUUCCGAGAGCCAAGGCCCAUGGAUGAACUAGUGACCUUGGAGGAGGCGGAUGGUGGCUCUGACAUUCUGCUGGUGGUCCCCAAGGCAACUGUGCUACAGAACCAGCUGGAUGAGAGCCAGCAGGAACGGAAUGAUCUGAUGCAGCUGAAGCUGCAGCUGGAGGGGCAGGUAACAGAGCUGAGGAGCCGAGUGCAGGAGCUCGAGACAGCUCUGGCAACCGCCAGGCAGGAGCACGCGGAGCUGACAGAGCAGUUCAAGGGGAUUUCCCGGUCCCAUGGGGAGCUCACAGAAGAGAGGGACAUCCUGAGCCGGCAACAGGGAGACCAUGUGGCACGCAUCCUGGAGCUGGAGGAUGACAUCCAGAUCAUCAGUGAGAAAGUGCUGACAAAGGAGGUGGAGCUGGACAGGGUCAGAGACGCAGUGAAGGCCCUGACUCGGGAACAGGAGAAGCUCCUUGGGCAACUGAAGGAAGUACAAGCAGACAAGGAACAAAGUGAGGCUGAGCUCCAAAUGGCACAACAGGAGAACCAUCGUUUAAAUUUAGAGCUGCAGGAGGCCAAGGGCCGGCAAGAAGAGCAGUGUGCUCAGGCCCAGCGACUGAAGGACAAGGUGGCCCAGAUGAAGGACACCCUAGGUCAGGCGCAGCAGCGGGUGGCUGAGCUGGAGCCCCUGAAGGAGCAGCUUCGAGGAACCCAGGAGCUUGCAGCCUCAAGCCAACAGAAAGCCGCCCUCCUUGGGGAGGAGUUGGCCAGCACAGCAGGAGCCAGGGACCGUACCAUAGCCGAGCUACAUCGCAGCCGCUUGGAAGUGGCUGAAGUCAAUGGCAGGCUGGCUGAGCUCAGUCUGCACUUGAAGGAGGAAAAAUGCCAGUGGAGCAAAGAGCGGGCAGGACUGCUGCAGAGUGUGGAGGCUGAGAAAGAUAAGAUCCUGAAGCUGAGCGCUGAGAUACUUAGACUGGAGAAGGCAGUUCAGGAGGAGAGGACCCAGAAUCAAGUGUUCAAGACUGAACUGGCCCGAGAAAAGGAUUCUAGCCUGGUGCAGUUGUCAGAGAGUAAGCGAGAGCUGACAGAGCUGCGGUCAGCCCUGCGUGUGCUGCAGAAGGAAAAGGAGCAGCUGCAGCAGGAGAAGCAGGAACUGCUAGAGUACAUGAGAAAACUGGAGGCCCGCCUGGAGAAGGUGGCAGAUGAGAAGUGGAAUGAGGACGCUGCCACAGAGGAUGAGGAUACUGCUGCAGGGCUGAGCUGCCCAGCAGUACUGACAGACUCAGAGGAUGAGUCCCCAGAAGACAUGAGACUCCCACCCUAUGGCCUGUGUGAGCGUGGAGAUCCAGGUUCCUCUCCUGCUGGGCCCCGAGAGGCUUCUCCCCUCGUUGUCAUCAGCCAGCCAGCUCCCAUUGCUCCCCACCUCUCAGGGACAGCUGAGGACAGUAGCUCUGACUCGGAAGCUGAAGAUGAGAAGUCAGUCCUGAUGGCAGCUGUGCAGAGUGGGGGUGAGGAGGCCAACCUGUUGCUUCCUGAACUGGGCAAUGCCUUCUAUGACAUGGCCAGUGGCUUUACAGUGGGCCCCCUGUCAGAAGCCAACACUGGGGGUCCUGCAACCCCCCCAUGGAAGGAAUGUCCUAUCUGUAAGGAACGUUUCCCUGCUGAGAGUGACAAGGAUGCCCUGGAGGACCAUAUGGACGGACACUUCUUUUUCAGCACCCAGGACCCCUUCACCUUUGAGUGAUCUCACCCCUCCCUAGUACAUGCACAAAUACACACACACACACACACACACACACUCACACACACACUCACACACUCACACACUCAUGCACAGACGCACACUUAGGUCUCAUACCUGUUUUCUACCACACUGGGUUCCGUGAUAUUCUGUUCCCUAAGAACCGCUCCUGUUUGCCCCAUUUUCAUCCCAAGCUUUCUGACUUCAUCCCUCCUACCUGGCUGUUUUGUCCCAGGAAGGGUUCCUUCUUGGAAGCAGUGGCUGAAUUUACUCCCUAAAAGCAGUUUUGGAGGAACAGAGAUAGAGGCAGCCUUCCCCUGUGAGAAUAGAAUCAUCCACUCCCAGCCCUCAUUGCUUCUGAUACUCACACAGUCUCACACACACACACUCACACCGACACUCCCCUCUCUGAUGCCCCAAAGCCAAUUCCUGGGGCACCCCCCUCUCCGUUUGGAGUUUACGUUUGCUUACCUGAGUUUUCUCUGGGGCCUGCAUGGAGGCAGCAGCAUGGACAUCAGGACCUCUUCAGAUCUUGUUCAGUUCUCAGCUUCAAUGCUUCCUCUUUCUGUUCCCCCAUUGCCUUCUGCAUGCCACCCCAGCCUUGUCCAUAGCCUUAGAUAAGUUUGGAGGUCCCUUUUGUAUUUUUGAGGAUUCCUGUACUCUGUCUCCUGCCCCUCCCUGUAAACACACGCAUGCACGCGCAGACGCACACACACACACACACACACACACACACACCGUAUCCUCACAUGGAAUGAAAUGAUGUAUUUGUGCCUUCUGUGAGGGAUGGGGGGACAAGUAGUCCCAGGUAUCUCCAUUUCCCAGCCCCCCUUCCUCUCCAGUUUCCUCCCACAGCAAUAAGAGCUUCCCCCCUCCAUGUCCUCCUCUCUAUCUGUAGUUUGGACAAAUAUAUUUAUAUGAUAUGUAUAA